UUUCUUGCCCUUAUUUACGUGUAUUUCAGCUUAAUUUUGCUGUUAAUGUGUGUGAUUUCCACGCUGGACGCCGCGCCCGGUGGACAUUCGGUUGAGGAGGAUUCCGGCGCUGUGACGACGACGACGACGGUGAUCAAAGGAACGAAUGAGAACGAGACAGUCAAAUCGGCCAAAUCAUUAACGUCCUCCAGUAGUAGGUCCAAGAAAGCGAACCUUAAGUCGACACCAAUUACCUACAUUACGUCGCUGGCCGAUGUUGGCCAUCACCAGCACUACGCGAAGCCCCCACCGAAGAAGUACGGUAAAACGGUGACGAAAGUGCGGGAAGACAAAGAAGCUCACCAGCAUCAACAUCAGCACCAGCACAAGAAGGCCAAGCAUCAUCAUUCGGAAAAAUCCACCGGGAAGUCUCUGGAGGUGAUGCCGAAAAAGGAACCACUGACUAAUCCGACACUGCUCAGCAAACUGGGUCUUGGCAAGCUGCACGUCUCCUCCAGCCAUCAGAAGAAGCGACUGGCGGUGGAGUCCCGGCAUCACGGUCGACCCGAUGACUCACAUAUGUUCGUGAUCAAGCUGCCACCGAAUCCCUACUACUACACUAACAAUGGACCGGUUCCGGCGCCGAACGCGAUCGAGGAUGUAGGCAAAAAGGUCCCAGUGGGUUUCAAGUCCAACGGCAAGCCGGGUCGCAUCUACCACUGGAACAUUCCAGUGCUGAAGAAGAUUCUUGGUAACAACCAGGGCCGAAAUCCGAACUCGCGCCACCACGACAACAUUGACGAGCUGAUCGACAUCAAGGACAUUCCCACCUGGACCAAACCGUGGGAGAACGAAGCACUGGACAAAUCGUUGAUCAAGUUCAGCUCGUCGGCGGCGGCCGCCCUCGACCACGCGGAUAAGAUCCAGAAGAAAAAAUCCCCCACGUUCUACGCGCCCAUCAAGGCAAAGAAAAGUGCCCAAGGGGGCAAGUACUACGCGAGCAAUGGAAAACCGCAAAGCUUCUACGUGAUUGAGAAAAGUCAAAAGAGUCUGAAACCCAUCCACCACCACGCGCUCAUCCCGUAAGAAAGAUAUAGCGACGUCGCGAACGAUUUUCUUGCCAGUUUUAAUGCAUGGUUUAAAGAGAGGGAGAGAAAUAAUAAACACAGUAGAUAGAACAUAAGAGCAUAAGAAAGAGAAGAAACAGGUUAAAUUACAUAAUUGAAAGCAUGAAGAGAGUGAGAGAAACUAAAUUAAAAAAAACACACACACAGCAAACAAAACCAGACACACACAAACAAGUGUAGCUUUAUUAAGAGAACGAGAGCUUUUUUUGUAGGCAAACAUGGUAUAAAAUCUUUGGUUUGUGUCUUUGGUGAUCGUUCAUCGAGAAGAUCGAGAAGCUUUCAACAGCAGCGAUCAAGAUGAGAUUGCAGCAAAGACACCAGUUGAAGUGUACUAUCGUUUCGGGUCUAUUUUUCCAUCGUCUGAGCAAAGUUUAAAAAGGCGCAGAAAAGGUUUUAAUUAUUAAGUAAACAGUUAAGAUAUCAUAUAAAUAGCUAGGCUUACGUUGUAGAUCUUUAAUCAAGAGCAAUUGAAAGACUAAAAGUUUUAUCUUAGCAUUUAGGAGGUACACAUGUAAAAAAGUAAAAAAAAAACAAAAUAAUAUACGCGUAAGAGUUGAAAAUUCGCUUUUACAAAACUUUAUUCGAUUUUGGACUUCCAUUUAAGCUAUUCGACUCUUGAGUAGCGAUGAAUACAGUUUUAAAAUGCAUCCAUUCCAGUUCAGUGAUAAAUUUUGUAUAAAAACACACUAUUGUAACAGAACGUCUUUACACGUUUCAAAAUAAACACAUUUUAAAUUAAAA